CCAGGCCGUUCACGACAACCAUCACCCAACGAGCAAAGACACCUGAUCGACUUCCCGCCAGUCAAUCAACAACUACCGUCAAAAUGGCUGUCCCCGGUACUCAGAUCUCCAAGCGCAGAAAGUUCGUCGCCGAUGGUGUUUUCUACGCCGAGCUGAACGAGUUCUUCCAGCGCGAGCUCGCUGAGGAGGGUUACUCUGGCGUCGAGGUCCGCGUCACACCCACCGUCACCGACAUCAUCAUCCGCGCCACCCACACCCAGGAGGUUCUCGGUGAGCAGGGUCGCCGCAUCCGCGAGCUCACCUCCCUCAUCCAGAAGCGAUUCAAGUUCCCCGAGAACAGCGUCUCCCUCUACGCCGCCAAGGUCCAGAACCGUGGUCUCUCCGCCGUCGCUCAGUGCGAGUCCCUCCGAUACAAGCUUCUCAACGGUCUCGCCGUCCGUCGUGCCUGCUAUGGUGUCCUCCGCUUCAUCAUGGAGUCCGGCGCCAAGGGUUGCGAGGUCGUCGUCUCCGGUAAGCUCCGUGCUGCCCGUGCCAAGUCCAUGAAGUUCACCGACGGUUUCAUGAUCCACUCUGGUCAGCCCGCCCGCGACUUCAUCGACCACGCCACCCGCCACGUCCUGCUCCGCCAGGGUGUCUUGGGUAUCAAGGUCAAGAUCAUGCGCGGCUCCGACCCCGAGGGCAAGGCCGGUCCCCAGAAGACUCUCCCUGACGCCGUCACCAUCAUCGAGCCCAAGGAGGAGCAGAGCGUCAUCCAGCCCAUGUCCCAGGACUACGGUGCCAAGGCCGCCCAGAUGCAGGCUCAGGCUGAGGCCCAGCGUGCUGCUGAGGAGGGCGAGGGUGCCGAGGCCGAGGCCGCCCCCGCCGCCGAGGAGCAAUAGGAUUGAGGCAAUCGGUGUUGGGUUCCCUCAGUUUACUUCCGACAUCCGGCUCUCACGAUCCGGAAAAGAAGAAGAAGAUGGCAUAAUGAUGACAGCAUGUGGAAGGUACGAUCAGGCGUUUUAUCUUUGCAAUGCUAAGGAAUGGCAAAUUUCGGUAGUCAC